UGAUUUUAAGAUGUAAUAUAUAUGUGAUAUAAACACAAAUUUCAGUUUCGACAGGCUUGUAUAUUAAACAUUUAAAACAUUUUAGUCAUCUUUAUAUAGUAAGUACAUUAUGACAAUUGCUAUGCUACCAGGAAGGGUUCGGGUUUGGUGAAUAAGGCAUACUCCUCUAAUCUUGCUUCACGGAGAUGUGUUUUGAUAUUGUUGUUCAGACAUUAAACACAAAUUGAUGCGUUCAAUGGAUAAUAAGAAUUGCAGUUAUGGAAAAAAAACACUCAUUUUCUACUUUGCUUAAGAAAGUAUCAAGAGUAAAGUAUGUCUAGACACAGAAAAGAAUUAGAAGUGAGGUUUAUACGAUACACACAAGAUGAAAUUCAUGAUACAUUCGAUGACGGUACACGUUUAAGGGACACACUGGACAAUCUUCACCAUAAACGCUAUGAUGUGGACAAGAUACCAAAAAUAACAGUUGUCAAAAGAGAUGAAGUUUAUUUUUCUCUUGAUAACAGGCGACUGUGGGUGUUUCAACAAUAUGCAAACUACUUGAAAGAAAAAGAAAACGUUUUAUUAAAAGUACCUGUAAUAUUCGGAACAUCAGACUGUUUGGAAACUAGAGGAAUGACUACAACAACAGAGGGUGAGGAUAUCAAAUUACGUCAUCAAGGAGCGACUAAAACAUUCCCGAAUAUAAAAUACAUAUCGUUGUCAAAGAUUUGUUACAGCACUGACAAACUUUUUCGAUUAACUAGAUCGGGCGGACUUGAUCAACGUUCCACAAUUGAAGAGGAAUUCGAAAGAUUCAGUUCGACAAAACCUUUUAAAAUACCAGUGCUGAAAGUCGUCCAAAGAAGAGGUAAACUUUAUGCUUUAGAUAACCGUAAACUCUGGCUGGUCAAGAAAUGGUUUCAGAAAAUUUUUGAUUUUGUUAAUACUGAAGAGCAAAAAAGUUCUUUCCAAAAAAAUAUCGUGGAUAGUUCUAGUAGACCGAACAAGGAAAGCGAAGUCAAUAGCAAGGAACUAGAGGGUGCCGUUGCAAGUUCUAAUAGCACAAAUUAUGAAGAAAUCAACGAUGUUAUAAAAGUAGAAAUGAGACCUUAUGGUGAAUUACCAGCAAAUUUCUUAAUUGAAAACGAAGGCUUAUCUGUAACACUUGUACAGGGAGAACCAAGAAUAAGAAGAAGUCAUUAUAGACGACUCUCAAUAGAUCAUGAUUCUGUUGAUGUGGAAAAUAUUUCUGACCCAAUAAAUGAUAGUUCCGAUUCCGAGCAAUGAUUUAACUUUCACAGCUUAUUUCAGCACAAGCAACCCGAAAGAACACAUACAUAACUGUAAAGGUGUCUUGUAGUUCAAGUUGACAUUUUGGGCUUGUAAAAUAUGAAAAUGACAAUGACU